AUGGCGUACAGUGCAUUUGGCGCCGUGGUGGUAUCGUUCCUGGCAGGUUUCGCCACAGUGGUGGGUGCCGGGGUUGCGAUUCUGUUUUCGAGACAUAUGAAGCCGUUGACGUUCGCGAUGGCGUUGGCCUUCGCAGCCGGGUGCACACUCACCGUGGCUUUUGCGGACGUGCUGCCUGAGGGGCAGGAAGCGUGGGGCGCCGCCUUGGCGCCGGCUGCGAAUGAAGAGGGCGAAGACUCCGACAAGUACUCGGCCCUCGGCCUCUUCGUUAUGCUCGCCGGCUGGGUCGUGGCCUCCGGCUUCGACAAAAUCCUGCAUUUCUCCCUCAACGCAUACGACCGGAAAUUCCACAACGGCCAGCCCGGGGUCUGUGCACACGGACCCGGCCACAAUCAUGGCCACAACCACGGCCACAGCCACAGCCACGUGCACCAUGACCACGACCACCACCAGUCCGGCGGCGCGGACGAACACGUUUUGGUGAUUACGCAGGGCUGCAGCUCAGGAGGACAGAGUCGAGUUGGCAGAGCCGAGUUCCCUACAAUUUCCGGAGCGCCGUUGUACAACACAACCACCACCGCGCAUGACGCGAGUGCGUACGACCUAAGCGCGUACGAUCUGAGUGUGCAGGACCCCCCGAGUGCACACGACUUGAGUGUGCUGCCUUCACACCGAGACUUCGCGGCUGUGGGCGAGGGCUGUGGGCGAGGGCUCUCCUCGCCCGGAUGGCUGCAGAGACUGGUGGGGGUAUUGUUCGGAACGUCUUCGAUCAGUGCGGCUGAACAACGCGCACUGGACGCGGAGUUUACCCGCGACGCUAAGCGAAUCACGCGGCUAGGGUAUUUUACUGCCUGUGUACUGGCACUGCACAACGUGCCCGAGGGCAUUGCGCUGUAUGGCACGGCGACGGUUGACAGCAAAGCGGGUGUGGGAUUGGCGGUGGCUAUUGCGUUGCACAACCUGCCGCAGGGUAUGGCGAUCGCAGUGCCCAUCUACAUCGGCCUCGCCAGUGCACCCAAGGCCCUGGCCUUCGCACUCGCUGCCGGACUCGCUCAACCUUUAGGCGGACUCAUCGGCUAUGGCCUCGUCGGCACCAACCCUUCCGAUAAGGUCAUGUCCGUCAUGCUCCUCCUCACCGCCGGCGUUUUAUUCAACGCGAGCCUAAGAGAACUCUACGCCUCAGCCAUCCGCUACGACAAAGGCAACCAGGUGGUCGGCGUCUUCAUGUUCAUCGGCAUGCUUGUCAUGGCCGCCACUCUCGUCGUACUCGCCUACGUCUGA